AUGCCAGCUCUUCGAGGUCUCGACGAUAAGUUCCAGCGCGUCAUGCAGGAUUUCCUUGGUCAAGAUACCGGCGUCAAAGACGAGUAUCUGGCCAGACUCUGGCGGAACGAUCUGGUGGAGGCCCUCCUGAAAGCUACAAACCACCGACGAAUCUUAAAUAUCGGUGUAGACAGAGACUUGGACAGCGAAGCCUGGGAAAACAUCCUCGCCGAACGCAACCGCCUCAAAGACUGGCACCAGUCCGGCGACGUCAAGGAGAUGUGUUUUUCGAGCCUUGCUGAGCCGUAUGAUGUCUUUAUCGAGUUUGUGCCAGAUGACCCGCCUGGUUUGCUGAAGAAAUGGGGGUCUGAUCUUACCGAAGUCGUGGUGUUGCUUUUGGGGACAAGGGACUUUGCUCCGGAGAAGGGGGCUUAUGGGAAAAUUGGUGGCUUGAGCAACCCGGUGAAGAUAUCGCGGAAGAGUCCGGGCGAGAGGGAGAAUGAUGAGGUCAAUGAUGAAGACACGGCUGUUGUGGCCAUCCUACCGGCCUGCGAACUUCCUAGCGAGUUAGUUGAAGCCUUUGUGGAAGACACAGAAUACCCUCGCUUCACGACAUUCUUGGUCCUGAAAGAGUUGAGAUUAGGAAAGGGCAAAUAUGAGAGGCUUGGCUGCUUUGACGUCUGGAGUAGGAAUGAUAUUGGCGUUGCUAAAGCGCUUUUCAGCAGCUCGGCUAAAGAGACAGUUACGAUCAUCUAA